CGGCCAGCGGCGCCGUCCCGUCCGUCGGGCUGUCCGUGCCGAGCCGUGCCGAGUCCAGCCGUGCCAGGAUGCCGGGCCGCACCGUGUGGCGGCUGGCGCUGCUCGCCCUCUGCCUGGGGGCGGCGGCGGCGGGGGGACAUCGCCGCGGAGCCGGCGGCAAGAGCCGGCGGCAGGCGCAGACCCAAACCACCUCGCUGCCGCAGGGCACCGCCGCGCAGGGAAAGCAGACCUGCUAUGACAAUGGACGGUACUACCAGAUAAACCAGCAAUGGGAGCGCACUUACCUGGGAAACACUCUGGUCUGUACCUGCUACGGUGGGAGCCGAGGGUUCAACUGCGAGAGCAAGCCCGAACCUGAAGAAACCUGCUUUGACAAAUACACUGGAUCCACUUACCGAGUUGGGGAGACCUAUGAGCGCCCCAAGGACUCCAUGAUCUGGGACUGUACUUGCAUUGGAGCUGGACGUGGGAGAAUCAGCUGCACCAUUGCCAAUCGCUGCCAUGAGGGCGGCCAGUCCUACAAGAUCGGCGAUACGUGGCGCCGGCCCCAUGAGACGGGCGGCUACAUGCUGGAGUGUGUGUGCCUGGGCAAUGGCAAGGGCGAGUGGACCUGCAAGCCUGUGGCUGAGCGAUGCUACGACAACACGGCCGGGACGUCCUACGUGGUGGGAGAGACCUGGGAGAAACCCUACCAGGGCUGGAUGAUGGUGGACUGCACCUGCCUCGGUGAGGGCAGCGGCCGCAUCACCUGCACCUCCAGAAAUCGCUGCAAUGACCACGACACCAAGACUUCCUACAGGAUUGGAGACAACUGGAGCAAGAAGGAUAACCGUGGGAACUUGCUGCAGUGUGUCUGCACCGGGAAUGGCAGAGGCGAAUGGAAGUGUGAGAGACACACGUCCCUGCACACUACCAGCACUGGCUCUGGCUCUCCCAGCAUCACCAACGUGCAGACGGCGCUGUACCAGCCCCAGCCGCAGCAGCCCCAGCCCCAGCCCUAUGGCCAGUGCAUCACGGACAACGGCGUCAUCUACUCGGUGGGCAUGCAGUGGCUCAAGACACAGGGCAGCCAGCAAAUGCUGUGCACCUGCCUGGGCAACGGAGUCAGCUGCCAGGAGAUAGCUGUGACCCAAACAUAUGGUGGCAAUUCUGAUGGAGAGCCCUGUGUUCUGCCUUUCACCUACGAUGGAAGGACUUUCUAUUCCUGCACCACCGAGGGCCGCACAGAUGGGCACUUCUGGUGCAGCACCACUUCCAACUUCGAGCAGGACAGGAGAUACUCCUUCUGUACUGAGCAGAAUGUUUUGGUCCAGACACGUGGUGGCAAUUCCAAUGGUGCUCUGUGCCACUUCCCCUUCCUGUACAACAACCGCAACUACACCGACUGUACCUCUGAGGGACGGAGGGACAACAUGAAGUGGUGUGGGACCACUGAGAACUACGAUGCUGACCAGAAGUUUGGCUUCUGCCCCAUGGCUGCCCAUGAAGAAAUCUGCACAACCAAUGACGGUGUCAUGUACCGUGUUGGGGACCAGUGGGAUAAGCAGCAUGACAUGGGCCACAUGAUGAGAUGUACUUGUGUAGGAAAUGGCCGUGGAGAAUGGACCUGCAUUGCCUAUUCACAGCUCAGAGACCAGUGCAUCGUGGAUGGCAUCACCUAUGACGUGAACCAGACCUUCCACAAGCGUCAUGAUGAGGGGCACAUGCUGAACUGCACCUGCUUUGGCCAGGGCCGGGGCAGAUGGAAGUGUGAUCCUGUUGACCAGUGCCAGGACUCAGAAACCCGCACCUUCUACCAAAUUGGAGACUCCUGGGAGAAGUAUGUCCAUGGGGUCAGAUACCAGUGCUAUUGCUAUGGUCGUGGGAUUGGAGAAUGGCACUGCCAACCCCUACAGACUUACCCUGGGUCAACUGGACCUGUUCAGGUGAUCAUCACAGAGAGUACAAAUCAGCCAAACUCCCACCCCAUCCAGUGGAACGCUCCUGAACGAUCUCACAUCACUCAGUACAUCUUGCGCUGGAGACCGAAAAACUCAGGAAGGCAGUGGAAGGAAGCCACCAUCCCUGGCCACCGGAACUCGUACACCAUCUCAGGCCUGAAGCCCGGUGUGAUCUAUGAGGGACAACUCAUCAGUGUACAGCAGUACGGCCACAAAGAAGUCACCCGCUUCGAUUUUACCACUACCAGCACCACAGCAGUGACGAGCAACACUGUUUCAGGAGAGACAACUCUUCUUCCCCCUGUGGUUGCUACUUCAGAAUCAGUCACUGAAAUCACAUCCAACAGCUUUGUUGUCUCCUGGGUUUCUGCUUCUGACACUGUUUCUGGAUUCCGUGUUGAGUAUGAGCUGAGCGAGGAGGGUGACGAGCCACAGUACCUUGAUCUUCCAAGCACAGCCACUUCUGUCAACAUCCCUGACUUGCUUCCUGGUCGCAAGUAUAUUGUUAAUGUCUAUCAGAUCUCUGAAGAAGGAGAGCAGAAUCUCAUCCUCUCUACUUCACAGACUACAGCUCCUGAUGCACCACCCGACCACACAGUGGAAAGUGUGGAUGACACAUCCAUUGUCAUCAGCUGGAGCAGACCGCAGGCUCCAAUCACAGGCUACAGGAUUGUCUACGUGCCCUCUGUGGAAGGCAGCAGCACAGAGCUCAACCUGCCCGACACUGCCACCUCUGUGACACUCAGUGACCUGAUGCCAGGGGUUCAGUACAACAUCAGCAUCUAUGCAGUGGAGGAAAACCAGGAGAGCACCCCUGUCUUCAUCCAGCAGGAAACCACUGGGGUCCCACGCACAGAUGAGGUGCCCUCCCCCAGAGACCUGCAGUUUGUGGAGGUUUCUGACAUCAAGAUCACCAUCAUGUGGACCCCACCCCAGAGCCAAGUGUCGGGCUAUCGGGUGGAGGUGAUCCCUGUCAACCGCCCCGGCCAGCACGGCCAGAGACUGCCCAUCACCAGGAGCGCUUUUGCUGAAGUCAUUGACCUGAUCCCAGGAACAACCUAUCUCUUCAAGAUCUUUGCUGUGAACCAGGGCAGGGAGAGCAAACCUUUGACUGGAGAGCAAACCACCAAGCUCGAUGCCCCCACCAACCUGCGGUUCCUCAACACCACGGAGCACUCGGUGCUGGUGCUGUGGACGCGGCCCCGGGCCGUGAUCACGGGCUACAAGCUGACAGCAGGGCCCACCAGAGGAGGGCAGCCCCGCACCUACAACGUGGGACCCUCGGCCACCAAGUACCUGCUCAGGAACCUGCAGCCUGGCACCGAGUACACCGUCUACCUCGUGGCCGUCAAAGGCGACCUGCAGAGCAACAGAGAGACCGGGGUCUUCACCACUUAUCAGCCUGCUGGCUCUGUUCCUCCUUUUAACACAGAAGUGACUGAGACCUCGAUUGUCAUCACCUGGACACCUGCCCCAAGGAUUGGUUUCAAGCUGGGAGUGCGCCCAAGCCAGGGUGGAGAGGCUCCUCGGGAGGUGAUCUCUGACUCGGGCAGCAUCGUGAUCUCUGGGCUGACCCCUGGAGUGGAAUACACCUACAGCCUCACAGUGCUGAUGGAUGGCCAGGAGAGAGAGACCCCCAUCGUCAGGAGAGUCACCACACCACUGGCUCCACCAACCAGCCUGCGCCUGAAAUCCAAUCCUGACACUGGCAUCCUGAUAGUCUCCUGGGAGAGAAGCACAUCUCCAGGCAUCAGCGGGUACCGCGUGACCACUGCUCCCACCGAUGGACAGCAGGGCUCUACCCUGGAGGAGGUGGUGGGUGCAGAUCAGACCACCUGCACCUUUGAGAACCUCAACCCUGGCGUGGAGUACAACGUCAGUGUCUACUCUGUCAAGGACGACCAGGAGAGUGUCCCCAUCUCAGAAACCAUCACACCAGCUGUGCCUCCUCCCACUGAUCUGCGCUUCACUAAUGUGGGGCCUGACACCAUGAGGGUGACUUGGACUGCUCCGACUUCCAUCGUGCUGAGCGGUUUCCUGGUGCGCUACUCCCCCGCCAAGAAGGACGAGGAUGUUGCAGAGGUGACAGUCUCCCCCUCUGACAACAUGGUCAUCUUAACAAACCUGCUCCCUGGCACUGAAUAUCUGGUGAAAGUCUACAGCGUUUCUGAGCAGCAUGAGAGUGCACCUUUGUAUGGAAUCCAGAAAACAGGUCUUGAUUCCCCCACUGGCCUGGACUUCUCGGAUAUAACGGCCAACUCCUUCACGGUGCACUGGAUUGCUCCUCGUGCCACCAUCACGGGCUACAGGAUCCGCUACCAGCCGGAGCAGGGCGGCGGCCGGCCCAAGGAGGACCGUGUGCCCCCCUCCAGGAACUCCAUCACCCUCACCAACCUGCUGCCAGGCACUGAGUAUGUGGUCAGCAUCAUCGCUGUCAAUGGCAGGGAGGAGAGCCUGCCCUUGGUUGGCCAGCAAACAACAGUGUCUGAUGUUCCAAGGGACUUGGAAGUCACCCCUACCAGCCCAACCAGCCUCAAGAUUUCCUGGGAUGCUCCUGCAGUGACAGUCAGAUACUACCGGAUCACUUAUGGUGAAACAGGUGGAAGCAGCCCAGUACAGGAGUUCACAGUGCCUGGCACCGUGUCUACUGCCACCAUCACUGGCAUCAAGCCUGGUGUUGAAUACACCAUCACUGUGUAUGCUGUAACUGGCCGUGGAGACAGCCCUGCCAGCAGCAAGCCAGUCACUGUCACCUACAGAACAGAAAUAGACACACCAUCCCAGAUGCAAGUCACCGAUGUCCAGGACAACAGUAUCAGCAUCAGAUGGCUCCCUUCAGCAUCCCCAGUCACAGGGUACCGGGUGACUGCUGUCCCCAAGAAGGGACAUGGGCCCACAAAAACGAAAAAUGUCCCUGCAGAUCAAACCCAAGUGACUAUUGAAGGUCUGCAGCCCACAGUGGAGUACAUGGUCAGUGUCUAUGCUCAGAAUCAGAACGGGGAGAGCCUGCCCUUGGUUGAGACAGCUGUCACCAACAUUGACCGCCCUAAAGGACUAACAUUCACUGAGGUGGAUGUUGAUUCCAUCAAAAUUGCUUGGGAAAGCCCGCAGGGGCAAGUCACCAGGUACAGGGUGACCUACUCAAGCCCUGAGGAUGGAAUCCAUGAGCUAUUGCCGGCCCCAGGUGGCGAAGAAGACACUGCUGAGCUGCAUGGCCUCAGGCCAGGUUCUGAGUACACUAUCAAUAUCGUUGCCAUUUACGAUGACAUGGAGAGCCUGCCCCUCACUGGGACCCAGUCCACAGCAAUUCCACCUCCAACAAACCUGAAGUUUACUCAGGUAACUCCCACCAGUCUCACCAUCAACUGGAAUGCACCCAACGUUCGCCUCACUGGCUACAGGGUCAGAGUGAACCCCAAAGAAAAGACUGGUCCUAUGAAAGAAAUCAACCUUUCUCCAGACAGCACAUCUGCAGUCGUGUCUGGCUUGAUGGUGGCAACCAAGUAUGAAGUGAGUGUGUAUGCCCUGAAGGACUCCCUGACCAGCAGACCAGCCCAGGGGGUGGUCACAACCCUUGAAAAUGUGAGUCCCCCUCGCAGGCCCAGGGUGACAGAUGUCACCGAGACAACCAUCACCAUCACCUGGAGGACCAAGACUGAGACCAUCACUGGCUUCCUGGUGGAAGCUGUCCCUGCAGGUGGCCAGAACCCCAUUCAGAGAACCAUCAGCCCUGAACUCAGGAGUUACACUAUCACUGGCUUGCAGCCGGGCACUGACUACAAGAUCUACCUGUACACUCUGAAUGAGAAUGCACGCAGCUCCCCGGUGGUCCUGGAUGCCUCCACUGCUAUCGAUGCUCCUUCUAACCUGCGCUUCCUUACGACCACGAGCAACUCCCUGCUGGCCACCUGGCAGCCUCCCCGAGCCAAGAUCACCGGCUACAUCAUCAGAUAUGAGAAACCUGGCUCACCAGUCAAGGAGGUCGUGCCUCGCCCCCGGCCCGGCACCACCGAGGCUACCAUUACUGGUUUGGAGCCUGGCACUGAAUACAUCAUCUACAUCAUUGCUGUGAAGAACAGUCAGAAGAGUGAACCACUGGUUGGCAGAAAAAGGACAGAUGAGCUGCCCACGUUGAUUAGCAGACCACACCCCAACCAGCCUGACAUCCUGGAUGUGCCUUCCAUUGACGAGGGGACCCCUUACCUCACGAACAAUAGGUAUGACAAUGGCAAUGGUAUCCAACUUCCAGGCUCCUCUGGGCAUCCUCAGACAGUAGGGCACCAGGGGCAGCAAGUCUUCUUUGAGGAGCACGGCUACAGGCGGCCUGGACCCACCACAGCCACUCCCCUCAGGCCGGGAUCCAGGCAGCCUCUGCCCAGCGUGGAUGAAGCCAUCGAAAUCCCGGGGUACCAGGUGCCCAUCGUGGUGGAGCCCUCGUACCCGCACUCCCGCGGGCCCCCGCGCAACGACAGCGUGGGGCAGGAAGCCCUUUCUCACACCACCAUCUCCUGGAGGCCGCUGCUGGAGAGCUCUGAGUACAUCAUCUCCUGCCAGCCCGUCAGCCAGGACGAGGACACGCUGCAGUUCAGGGUUCCUGGCACUUCCUCUAGUGCCACACUCAAGGGCCUUACAAGAGGGGCCACCUACAACAUCAUAGUGGAAGCCCUGAAGGAUCACCGGAGGCAGAAGGUGCUGGAGGAGGUGGUCACAGUUGGCAAUACUGUGUCUGAAGGAUUAAACCAGCCAGCUGACGACACCUGCUUUGAUACUUACACUGGCUCCUUCUAUUCCAUUGGCGAGGAAUGGGAGCGCUUAUCUGAAACUGGCUUUAAGCUCUGGUGCCAGUGUUUAGGCUUUGGCAGUGGCCAUUUCAGAUGUGACUCUUCUAAGUGGUGCCAUGACAAUGGAGUUAACUACAAGAUUGGAGAGAAGUGGGACAGGCAAGGGGAGAAUGGUCAGAUGAUGAGCUGCACCUGCCUUGGGAAUGGAAAAGGAGAAUUCAAGUGUGAACCUCAUGAGACCACGUGCUAUGACGAUGGGAAGAUGUACCACGUUGGGGAGCAGUGGCAGAAGGAGUACUUUGGAGCCAUCUGCUCCUGCACUUGUUACGGAGGACAGCAGGGCUGGCGCUGUGACAACUGCCGCAGGCCCAGCGUGGAGGUGGCCCCCGAAGGCUCCGCUGGCCACACCUACACACAGUUCACACAGAGGUACCACCAGGCCACCAACACCGAUGAAGAUGAUUAUUCUCAGCUGGAUAAUUCUGAGGUGGAUAAUUCUGAGCGGGAUGAUUCAGAGCUGGAGUAACAUUGCCUUGACACGAGAUGGAACAAACAGCCCAAAGAAGAGUCAAGUAAACCUGGAGAGGAUAUUGGUAGAGCAGUUUGUUAAUUAAAGGCUUCCAGCUGCACCCCUGCCCCCGUAGAGCGCAGACAGUGGGUAGGUAUGGCACGGGCAGGAGGCACAGGCUUGCUUUGGGGCAGCAGGGGAAGGGAGGGAAAGGCAAACAGCCCCUGCUUUGCACAUGAACUGAGCUAGAGCUGUUUCCAUACCUAGAAUUAAAUAAGCUUUCAGUGGCAGAGUUGCCAGAAUUAGUGAGGCUGUCCAAACCUGUGAAGCUGAAUGUGUUUCAAGCAUUGAAACCCAGCAGGAGGCGGGCACCAACUGGGUCCGAGCCUGGCUGUUACAGGCACUGGCCCCUUUUUUGUCUCCUGUGCUUCUACCUCAUGGAGGGGAGGGAGGUAAACAAAAUGCUCCUCACAACCCUUUUGCAAACAAAACCAGUCCUGAUUAGAGUGAUCCAAGCCAGCAGUGAGUCCCUUUGCUUGCGCUGCCAGGACCUGUACAGCCUUUGCAAACGCAGAACAGGACAGGUCCUGUCAGGAUUGCUCAGCCCCCUCCCCUCGGCUGCACACGCACUGUACUGCUCCAGUCACUGGGAUUCUCUGACCCAAUAAAGCAUCACCUGAAAACACCAUUUGGCUUCAAGUUGCUGUCAGGGAUUGCUGUCUACAGAGCACCCAAAACCCCUGCAAAGAGUUGAAUGAUUGCAGCAACAGUCAGUCCUACCCCACCUGUGUUCAAAAGCCAAUCACAUCCCAAAUAAACCUGAGAACUAAAACUGGCCCAGACAGAGACACAGAGGAGUCAUUUCCCAUUAAACUAGAUUGGUUUUCCCGAGUGAGGGCCAUGUAUUUUGGACCAGAGCACAAAUCUGUGACAAUCCUUUCAUCGUCACUAAAUAGUUCACUACACCAACACACUGAAGAGUCAUAGCCUUCCUCCUCUCCUCUGUCACAUCUCUCGUACCAGCAGCAAAGACCUCCCCAGCACAAUGGGGAGCAUUUCAAGAUAAAAUCAUUUCAACAGCUCUUUUCCCCAAGCUCCCUGCAGAGGUUUGUCUGUGCCUUAAAGCACACGGGUGCUCACAGCUAUGCCAAGCCCUGCUGAAUUUAAGCCGUUGGCAGCUUUUUCCAGAGGAGGGGGCAUAGCUCUGCAGGGUUUGUCUGCUCAGCUUUGGGUAGAGCCCAGGAACAACCAGAGUCAGAGCUCCAGGGAAAAGUCCCUUGGUGGCUGAAGGAAAAAAAUAAAACCCCUCUGUUAGUGCCUGCCAAGGCCCAGAAUGAUUCCUCCCUGCUCUCUGUUCACUUCCACGUUUUGGGAGCUCUUGUCCUGCCAGCACAGGACCUGCCAGGGGCAAGGUGCCACAUGUUGACUACAAAUCCCAGCCUGGCAGCAGCUGCUCCUCAGAACACACCAGCUGAAGGGACAUUCCCUACAUUCCCUUCUGGGAAAUGGACACCAAGCAGAGCUCAGAGUCUGCUUUUAAUCCCCACCACAUCUGAGGUAGAAGCAGAUCGGUGGGGUUCAGGAGGGACACCUUGAGACCACCACAGCCCUUUCCUACAGCCUCUCUCACAGCUCCAGGGGAAGCUCCCUUCAGGGGGAGGGUGCCAGGCUAGCUGGAAUUGUCACAGCAGCCCAGGGGACAAACCAUUCCCAGAGACAUUCCUGUGAAGUCACCUCACACCUGGAACCAGACCAGAGAUUUUUCUCAACUUUUAUCCACUCAAGCAAGGCAGGAUCGUCAAGAACUCUUCUUUGGGACAUUAACCAAUCCAGUUUUCCCCCUCUGACAACUCCUGUCUGUCCUUUAACCUUACCACAGGCACAGCAGGAGGCAAAACCAUCCCUGUGCAGGUGCUGAGAUGUGUGCAAGUCAUGCAGCACAAGUAAGACAGCAGAGGUAGACAUUUCCUGUCUUGUGCAGACCUCACCUGGAACAUCAGUACCUAUUAACUCCCUUCAGUAAAACCAACAGUGCCCCAAGGACAGCAAAGAAAGGAUCAGGGGAAUACACAGAACAGGAGCUGCCAGAUUCUUACUGCCAGCUCUGUUUUAGCUGUGGAAGUGCUGUGGAAGAUGCAGGUGAAGAAUGGACAGAGAUUCCCCAGAGAACCUCGUGGCAGGGUCUGUGCCAGUUCCAGCCACAACAGCAGCACAGGGAAGACAUUUAGGGAACACUGUGGAUUCUUGUCUGUGGAAGAGUCCCAAACCCCAACUUUUAAAGUGAAACUCCAAGCAGUAACAAUUCAUGGGAAGCAGCAGCACGGAAAAGUCAGAGGGCAGGGUUUGGGUUAGCACAGCAAAGGGGCCAGCCAGGAAAAAAUGGACAAUUUUUAUUUUGGAUUGCUGUCUUAAUCCACACCAAAAAGGCAGAAUGCUCUCUUACCCUGUCUUGUCUAAUCCACUUGGAAAGAAUCCACUGUAGAGAUCAGAAAAGACAAAAUAAUUCACUGUAGAGAUCAGGAAAGAGAGGAAUCUGCUCCCUUUCAGGCUGGAGCAGGGGCAGAUGGAAUGACAGUGUUAAAGGGAAACCAGUGUGUGGAUUAUGGUCUCUUAAAUAACUCACCUAGGAAAUGUCUCUUUGCUUUGCUCCAUUUGAACCAGUCUGGAUCAAACAGGUAAAAUGAAAGCCAUGGCCACAGUCACAGCAAGGCAGCAGCAGAGCCAGCAGCACACCCCAAAUUUCCCCCCUCCCAGGUCCAUCUCCCACCUGGGCAGCCCAGCUUGAGCCAAGGGCACACGUGCACACUCCCUGCUCAGCCUACAGAAGUGUUUAUUGAAAAACUUUGGGCUGCAUCUGGGCAAAACUGAACAGAUUUCAUAAAAUGGAACCAAAAAGAGAAAACCCCUUUGAAAUGGGCGCAGUGAUUGCCAGGAAAAAUGUGUCUGGGCUCAUCCUUCACUUCUCUCACCGUGCUGCAGAUUUUCACUUUGCUUUUUCCCAAACUUCAAGAGUUCAAAUCUGCUUAAUGCAGACAGCAGAAAAGGGAAGUGGCUCCAGACACUUCCCCCAUUCCAGCCUGUGAACUCUGCUCCCAGUAUGGGGCUGACCUGUCAAUGGGUCUCCUACCCUGGAGAAAGCAGUGAAGCACUGUCAAAGCACAGAGUGUAGGGCAGGAUUGAGAGCACCAAAGCCCAGAGUGCCUCGUGCAAAGGACCUGCUCCCCUCUCCUCCCAGGGAAGAGGAUAAUGGAUUAGAAACACCUGCUGACUCCAAAAACCAGGACAACACAGAUUGUUAUCAGUUCCACGAGAAGCUGAGCAGAAGCCAGGCUUUCACACCCUUCCACAGGUCAUCUAAUGAAUUAGUAAAGUCUGGACCAAUAAAAACUACCUCAAAAAUAAACCUUUUUCCUAAAUUUGUGUGACAGGGACCACACAGACAGGACAUAGCUAACAACUGUAUGUUUAUUUGCAAAAGACACUGAUUUUCUACACUGGAAGCCAAUCUGUACCACUUCCUUCUCCCUGAACACAGGGAAAGGCCUCUUCACAGUGACCAGCUCUUGCUAAGCACAGGCUGCAGGAGCCUCCCAGUUGCACCAGUGACAUUCAGGUCCUGGCUGCUGGUGAGGCUGUG